AUGGGUAGCAAGAACGAGCCUGCGUUCAUCUUGUCCUCCGUGACAGAUAUUUCGACUGUGGAGAAGCAUCUGGCCUCUCUCCGGGACCUUCUUCAGCACUGCAUCAACGAUGAGCCCGACACCUCGUCUCUUGGAUUCCUGGCGCCGCUCACCGACCACACGGCAGACAGUUACUGGCUCGAGCUCACGUCCACGGUGACAGGACCUGACGCUACAACCACGCUGCUCAUAGCGACGCCGCCUGGCAGUGACAAGGUCGUUGCUACGGUGCAGUUGGCGAGGAUGCCAAAGGAGACACACACUUUCAAGGGCGAGAUUCGGAAGCUGAUGGUGCAUCCCGACUAUCGGCGGCAUGGGCUGGGGAAAUGGAUGAUGGACGAGGUGGAAAGGAUUGCGCGAGAGGAGUUUGCGCUGGAGAUGCUGUUGUUGGAUACGUCCAAGGAGACGCCGGCGAGGGAGUUUUACUUGAAGACUGGAUGGACAGAAUGGGGUAUUUGCCCUAAUUACGCAAAGUCGUCGAGUGGAGUGAAGCAUGACUGCUGUUUCUUUGUGAAAGACUUGGUAUAG